CUCCAUGAGUGUUUUUGGUCUGAGCUGAAAAGGUUUUGAGAUCCAGGGAGGAUUGUCUCUAGUUUUUGAGUCUUCUGCAGACAGCUUUGCUCCAGGUGUUCUGAUAAAAAAAAAAGAGCAGAAUGUGGACUUCAGCUCUUUCAGCCUCUCUGCUGCUGAUGACAGUAUUUGUUGUUGCAGACGCCGUCCGACCUCUGAAAGAAGAACCCAUAAUCGAUUGCGAAGGAAGAGAGUAUAAAUCUUUGAGAGCUAACAAAGGAAAGUGCAGAGAAACACGAGUCGAAGAUGAAUCUACGGUCCGUGUAGCGUGCACAGAGAUGAGCAUGAUCGUGGUGGUGAAGGCUGAUCUGUAUAAAACUGGACGUCUGGUGUCUGCAGAUGAGCUGUUUUUAGGAGAAGCUGAUCACUCUCAGAGCGGUCGGUGCAGAGCGGAAGCUGCUGCUGACUCUGAGUUCAUCAUUGAAGCCGGACUGCAGGACUGUGGCUCUGAACUAACGAUGACUGAAGACUCUGUGAUUUACUCCAACAAGCUGAUCGUCUCACCUGCUGUCACGUACCAAGGCAUCACCAGGACCAACCCUGCUGUAGUUCCUGUUUCCUGUCACUAUAAAAGGACACACUUGGUGAGCAGUAUCUCUCAGCUGAUACCUCCGACUGCCUCCUCGCCAACAGUGCCCUCCGAUUUCUCUCUCAGGCUGAUGAAUGAUGAUUGGACACACGAGACGUUCUCCACGGUCUUCUUCCUCGGAGAUGUCCUGAACCUGCAGGCGUCUUACACCGGUCCUGAUUCUCCACAAAGACGACUGUUGAUUGACAGCUGUGUGGCCACUCUGAAACCUGACGUCACAUCAGUCCCCAGAUACUACUUCAUUGAAAACCACGGGUGCCUCACUGAUGCAAAAGACGGAGGAUCAAACACACAUUUCAGACCCAGAACGAGAACUAACUCUCUUGAGCUGCAGAUGGAUGUUUUCCUGUUUCACCAGGAUACGAGGAACUCUAUAUUCAUCACCUGCCACAUGAAAGCUGUAGCCGACUUGUGGAGGAGCAGCCUCACUAACAAGGCCUGUGACCACACACAUUCAGGGUGGGAAAAUGUGGACAGUGUCGAUGAUGUGUGUCGAUGUUGUGAUGGCUCCUGUUACACGACUUCUCCCACAUGGAGCGAUUUGACAAAUGUGAGACCUCCUGCCUCGACAGAUGUCGCAGUUUGUGGCAGAGUCAUGCUCGGCCCUCUCUUGAUUUAUCCCAGAAAGUAGAGAAAAAAAAGAUUCUGACAAUAAAUGGACAAUAAUUAAAAUGUUUCUUAGCUUUGCAUAGAGACAAUGAA